AUGGCGCAACGGGACAGACGAGCCUGUCCCAAAUAUUUCAUCUCCGAAGGCGAGUUCAGCCGUAUACUGCAGAAGAAUGGAAGCAAGUCCGGGACAACGCGCAUGGCAUACGCGAACACAUGCGUCCGAGGACACCUCUUGCUCGAGGACAGCGCUCUCUUGCUCCAGCGGGAGAUGCACUUGCAUGUACUCGUUAACGUCAAUGAGCCGCCGUCCUCGCUCGAUGGACGAUGCCGCACAUCGCGGGAGGUCUCAGCAUCAUCCCAAGAAGUCCGUGCAAUUGAGGAAACGACCGACCAUGGGGUGGACGUCCCGGCUACAGCGAAUGGCCGAUUGCAUGUCCGUCGCCUUCGCAACGCGCACAACGACCUCGUGCUCCUGGCCGAGCACUUCCACAAUCACCCUGGUCUCACGGCUUCACGCCGCCCUGCAGUGCGAGCGAUGGCAACUGGACACUGCCCUUGA